UAUUUCUUCCUGAAACCGAUACGGCAGAAGCACAAAGCUGCCAGCAGCUCCUUAAAGAUGACGUCACAUCCAGUGGAGUGUACGCGAUCAAUCCAGAUGGAGGCAAACCAAUUCAAGUGUUCUGUGACAUGGACACGGACGGUGGAGGUUGGACCGUUUUUCAGAGACGUUUGGACGGCUCCAUUGACUUCGAUCGUCACUGGAAAACUUACAAAGACGGGUUUGGAAAUCUGAUCGGCGAGUUCUGGCUUGGAAACGACAAUCUUCACCGUCUGACAGCCGCUGAUGACGUCAUGUUGAGAGUUGACUUGGAAGACUUUGAAGGGAACAUCACGUACGCUAAGUACGCUAUUUUCAAUGUCAUAGACGAGGCAGAAAAUUACACGCUCACUCUUGGAGGAUAUACUGGCGAGGCCGGCGACUCCUUCACAUUUCAUAGAGGAGACGUAGAAGGAGCUCGCUGCAGGUUUAAUGAGGCGCGUAAGAAAACACGAUGCACAAUCGGGAGGGCAUUUGGCGUUCUCAAGAGAACGUUUUACGCUCUCCACACGGGUAUGAGAGUGAAAAACAUGACAAGAGCUGCCGAGCUUGUCCAGCGCGCUGUUAUAUUGCACAACCUCUGCAUCCUAUUUAGCGAUAAUGGCGGUGAUCUGCUGGACGAUGCAGAUCUUAACAAUGUCCACGAUGAGUUGGAUAUCGGUCCUGGAGAGGAACAAGAGGACAGAAGGCAGCAGCUGUUGCAGCACUUCCUAUAA